AUGUGCAAGGAAGCUAGCCGCGGUGGUGCGGCUGACGGGCUGCAGAAGCAGCGGCGCACGGGGCAGUGGCGGCGCGCGGGCAGCGGCGGUUGCAGGCCGCAGCUGCGCCAGGCAGCAGUGGCGCACGGGGCAGCGGCGGCGCGUGAGCAGCGGCGGCUCCAGGCAGCAGCGGCGCACGGGGCAGUGGCGGCGCGCGAGCAGCGGCGGUUGCAGGCCGCAGCGGCGCAAGGCAGCGGCGGUGUACGGGGCAGCGGUGGCGCACGGGGUAGUGGCGGCGCGCGGGCAGCGGCGGUUGCAGGCCGCAGCGGCGCCAGGCAGCAGUGGCGCACGGGGCAGCGCAGGCGCACAAGGCAGCGGCGGCGCGUGAGAGCAGCGGCGGUGGCGCGCGCGGGACAGCGCGAAGGGCUGCGCGUGGCGCGCGUGGCACGCGCGGCAGCACGGGGCAGCGCGAAGGGCAGCGCGGGGCUGCAGGUGGCGCGCGCGGCAGCGCGGGGCAGCGCGGGCGUGGGAAUGAGGGGCGCGUGCGGCAGCGCGAGGCGCCUGAAGGGCAGCGUGCGAGGGGCAGCGUCCAUGGAUGCCUUCGUUAAUCAAGGCCCAGGGCGUUCGCCUGGUAGGUAG